UGGGCAAGACUACAACACCCAAGAGGUUUAGCGGCAUGGAUCUAGUGUUUUUUGCAAGUGUAAACUGUGACAAGUUUCCUUAGCUGGUUAAUAUCCGUUGGUUGCAGCUUUUGGGCAUGCGCUGUGGAGAGCAGGAAGCUCUGUGUGGAUGAUGCAGAAAAGAUGCCUCCAAGGGAAGCUUUGCCAGCUGUGCAGGAGGCUCUGAAGAAGGCUUUCCAUGUGGUAGAGCACCAGCACGGCCUCUGGAAGAGUACUCUGAGUGACUGCUCACCUCUCCUGGCUUCCCUCAGCAACCUGGCAGAGCAGCUCCAGGCCAGUCAGAAUGUGCGGCUGGAGGACACCCCGCUUCGGGCUUUCCCUGACCUGAAAGAUCGCCUGAGAAGAAAACUGCUGGCUGCUGGGGAUGCCAUCUUGGACCAAUUGGGGGAGAAGCUAACCAGCCUCCUCCAGGUGCGAGACACAGUCAGCAGCCACGUGGAGCAAGUGUUUGAGCUGUAUGAGCAGAAAGCAGAUGAACUAGGCCUGGAUGCAGUCUUACAGCCUUCGGCUGUGAGCCCCUCAUUGGCUGAUAUGUUGGCAUGGUUACAGGACAUUGACAGACAUUAUCGAAAUGCAUACCUGGCGAGGAAGCAGCUGGUGGCCCAGAUCCGCUGGGGAGACGUGCGCCACGUGCAGACUCUGCCGCCAGCCUGGGAUGGGAUGUCGGAGAACGGGCAGGACCUCGUGCCAGAUAUCCUGCUGAAUGUAUCGUUUUUCCUGGCGACCUAAAGAAGCUGUUUUUAUCCACAAACCAGAGCGGCCCCAGCUCCCGUCCAUCUUGGCUUCUCCUGACACUUCAGCGCGGGUGUGGACACGGCCGUGUGGAAGUCCGAUUUCUCGUUAUCUCGUGGAAUGUUGGGGCUCUGUGUGUCCGAGGCCAACCAACGUCCAUGCAAUAGCGUUUACAUGCAGACGGUCGCCUGAAGCCCAGGAAGGGGCCCCAGACUGGUGGUGACGAAGAAGGGGUCAGAGCCGUGCCCAGGAUGUCGGAGGGGCUGGAGGAACCCAUGAAGAGGAGCCGGGACGGAGACGGGCCAACGGCCGGAGCAUUUUCCCCGUGGCUCUGCCUUUUACCGUUACCUUCCAGAAAUUUAAGAAAAUGCUUUCACAAAAACGCUUCAUGCUUCAAAUUCUGCUCUCUGUUUAAUCCUUACUUUCUGUCCUAGGACCGAAAGGCAAAGGCUAGGUGGAUGGGGUUAAUGACAUGCCCAGGGUCACACAGCCGGGAAGCCUUUGAGGCCAGCCUUAGACCAGGACCGCCCCACGUCUUGCCUCUAACCCCCGGGGUCCCUAGCGGACCCCCAAAUUCUCUUCUUGCUAGGGCUUGGGAGCAGAAACAAAAAUGACAAAACUCAGCCCUAGUGGGCUUAGGGAAAUAAGCGUGCACCUGUUUUGCCAGCCGAAUCGCCCUUGUGGAGCAGGCUGGCCGCGCGGCCCGAGGUCUAGCUGUGCUCCGCCCUCCGUUCCUAAUCUUUGACCUCAUAUUUCACUUUCUGCCUGGAACUUCGAAAACGUCAAGACUGGAAAUGUCCCAACAGUGGAAGAACUUCUGUUACUGUAAUCCAAACCUCUACUUCAGGGAAGAGCUAUAAAUAGGAAGACUGGUAAAUAUGAAGGCAACAGGAAAAGACAAAACGAUGAGAAGUGAGGGGGAACAAUCUGGAAUAAAGCAAGCCUUUGGUUAGCAUCUUCCCCUUUGAACUCUUCACAUUUAGAAACCGAUCACAAGAGGAUUUCUAGCUGUGUGACCCUGGACAAGUCACUUACCCCAAUUGGGUAGCUCUUACUGCUCUUCUUCCUUAGGACCCAUACUUGUGUCCAUUCUAAGAUGCAAGGUUAGGUGGUUUGGGUUUUGUUUUGUUUUCUUUUCUUUUUAAACAAAAGAAGGCCAAAAAACCAAGAGGAAGAAAUUUAGUAUGUGGGCUCUGAGUAUAUAAAGGGUAAUAAAGUAUAUACACAAGCCUAGGGGUAAAUGCAAGAAAACAAAUGGCAGGGACAGAGACCAGAGGUGUGGAUUUUUGUUAGAGAAAUCUGAAUAUUGAGGUCAUUGUAAGACUGAGACCCGCCGGUCCUGAUUUCUUUGAUGUUCCCCAAGUUGUUUCCAAACAGGGCCACAAGGGGGUGGCAGAGUGGCAGAAAUGACUUCUGGACGUCUUCUUUUUUGAGGAUUUUUGUAGAUUUCCUCAACUAGAAAGAAAACUAGGGAUCGCCUAGUCCAAACCCACCCUUUACAGAGGAGGGAGGAGACAUUGAAGAAGGGAAGAGACUUGAUGUAGGCGAUACUUUAUUAUUAUUACUUUUAAUCCUUGCCUUUUGUCUUAGUAUCAAUUCUUUGUUGUUGUUGUUGUUUUGUUUUUUAACCCUUACCUUCUGUCUUAGAAUCAGUACUAUGUAUUGGUUCCAAGGCCGAAGAGCAGUAAGGGCUAAGCAAUGGGGGUUAAGUGACUUGUCCAGGGUCACACAGCUAGGAAGGACAGAUUUGAACCCAGGACCUCCAGACUCCAGGCCUGGGGCUCUGUCCACUUAGUUGCCUUCAUAUACUUUGCCAGUGGCAGAAUGGAAAACUCCGAAGUGUGCUAGUUGGCUCCCAGGCCAGAGCUUCCCCUCUGCUUCUCUGUGGUCCUGUGUUCUGAUGGGCUGACAAGUACUCACUAUAGAGAUCCUCAAGCAGGACUGUGUCGUCUCCUGACUGACUGGUGGGAGGAGGAGGAAAGGAGAGGAGAUGAAAUUGUCUCCUCAGGUGGUCCCUGGCGAGAUGGAUAACCCAGACCUUUUCAGCCUCUUCCCUCCCCUACCAUGCGGCUCCUUCCAGGCUGGACCUGUUCUGGCUCUGGCUGUUGUUUGGAAUCAAUAAACGCUUUUAAUGGUU